CGUGCGCGCGCGUUUCUCGCUGCACGCGCGUCACAUCGCCGCGGUCCCUUGGAGGCGGGGGGCACUCGCACGGGGGUCAACAGAGCGCGGGCGACCCCCUCCGUCUCCAGCUCGCUGCUGCUCUCCCCUCUUCGUCUCGUCCACCUCCUCCUCGUCCUCCCCUCCACCCUCCUACACCUACCUCACUCGUCCGUCUUCACCACCACCAACCACCACCACCGUCUCCUCGUCGCCUCGUUGAGCGGCUGGAAGACUUCACAGCUGAGGGGAGAGGCCUGGUCGCGCCAUACACUCGUGUGAGGAAUGGCGUGCGCGGUGGCAUCCGUCCCAGCCAUCGCCUCCAUCUUGGAGCCGAGCAGGGACUUCCCGACAUGGCUGGAGACGCAGGGCGUGAACGCGGAGGUGGCCCGGGCCAUGGACUCGGAGCUGGGAAUCCGGGACUACGGCGUCCUGCGCGCCUGUGUCAGGGAUGGUCUCGUGCGGGCCGAGCUGCUGGCCGCGGCGCGCGACCGCCUGCCCUUCGGCUUCUACGCCGUGCUGCGGCAGGUGGUGAAGGCCCUGCAGGGCGCCGAGCCCCACGACAGCGACAGGACACCACGCUGGGACGACGACGCGGCCGCCUCCUCCCCUGGUGACGUGACGCUGGGAGGGCUGGUGGAAGUGCUGCUCGCGUUGCUCAGCGGUUUGAGCCGGGAGCUGCUGCUGUCCAUGCGGAGGCUGGGAGGUGGUAGUGGUGGUGAUGGUGGCGGUGGCUGCGGUGUUGGCAGUGGGAAUGGAGGAGAUGGACGGGUUAUUUCUGGGGACUCCCCGCCAGAACCGGAGGGACUCGCAUCUGAUUACAGGGUGGCUGAUGAGGAGGAGGGCACGGCAAGCGUGAAGGAUGAGUACUCAGGCUAUGAUGCCACCACAGUGUUUGUUAAAGCUGAACACCGCUCGCCAACACAAAUGGAAGACCACGGUGAACACGACUACAAUCACCUGUCCGAACCUCGGCAGACCCCAACCACAGCUGUUGACGGGAACAGCCCCAAUGGCGUGGCUCACAACAUUAAACUGGAGACGUUUGAAGGGGAGGAGUCGAGGGCAGCACUGGGAGGAGAGGGGAGCGGCCGCCUGCGCUGGGAGGAGACGGAAGCCCACCACUCAGUGGCAGCAGGGACCGCAGCAAACAGCGGAUCCCAGCUUGCAGGUAAACUGUUGGAUGAUAGACACACACCAGCAGAAUCGCUUGUGCCUCAUCCCAACCAAUUCGACCAGGUGAUGGGCGAAGACCGGGUUAGCACCGAUUGUGCCGCAACUAGCACCACCGCAAGCCCCGCCAGCUGGCGCGCAGCCGUCGUCACCGCGGCCGCUGGACGACGCAGCCGGGAGCCCGGCGACGGAAUUGUCGGCGUUGGUGGUGGAGUUGGCAUCGGCGGUGUCGGAGCCGGCAGGGGUGGGGAACGGCGCUUUGAAUGCGCGAAGUGUGGCCGGCACUUAUCGAGUUACGAGGAGCUGGUGUUCCACAUGCGCACGCAUAUGGGCGAACGACCCUACAGCUGUGACGUGUGCGGCCGUGUCUUUUCGCUGCACUCGAACCUCAAGGUGCACCGGCGGACCCACACGGGCGAGCGCCUACACCGAUGCGACGUGUGUGGCCGUGGAUUCGCGUACCGCUCCAGCUGGAAGAGGCACCAGCGUACGCACGACCACAUAUAAAUGAUGCAAGAGCUACCAACGACGAUGCCACCGCCGCUGCAGACGAUGGCGCAGCGACAGCAUGGCGAUCGUACACUCUAGACCUCCGCUUCGCAAAUUUCGACAAUAAUGGACUCCCAGUGCGUGCCAAAUGGAGAGUGCUUAAGCACUUUCCAAUGAGCCAGCAAUCGGAAUCGGCAUAGAGGUUUCCGUUAUUCCGCUGUCUGGAAGCCCAAAUGGAAUUUCUGGAGAACUGACUGAAAAUAAUAUAUGGCCAUCAUCAAAAAGACAGUACGCCGUAUUCCAGCACUACCAGUAAACUAUACAAGACUGCAGCAAAACAACACAUCCCACGGGGAUACCAGAAGUGUUACAUUCCGUGUUGCACCAAAGAAAAUAAAAUGUUUUAAGCAAUACGAGCAGAACAAUGACCCGGUCAUUGAUCAAGCUCCGCUUGACUUAUUAAAUGAGGCUAGACGCCAACAGCAGUGUGGUACAGCAGAGGGCCUGGACUUCACAGAUUCCAGUUGCAAGGCCUGGAACCUGCUCCGCACUCUUGGUACUGCAAAAUCAACAGCCUCCCAAACCCCAGGAGUCACAGUGGACGCCAUUGGUGCUCACAUUCUCCAGAGAACAAAAAUGACCCUCAAAAUGAAGGAGGUAUAGAAGCCAUCCACAACCUCACCCCAGAGGCCAUGGAUUGGCGAAAGAAUUAUGACAUGAACCUUUGACAACUUGCUGCUCUCCUACAAUAAGUCUGCUCGUUGGCAGGAAUUCAUGACAGAAGAAGAAGCACAAGGACGAUGGACCUAUUGAACACAGAUCGUGUGAUUAAUGAUGCAGUAAAACAAAUUAAACAUGUGCUUGGUUGCUAGUUUAUGCUGUUGACAAAAUAACAUCGACCCACGGUGGUGCAGUGAUCUAAAUGGCAUGCCCCCAUGUGCAAAAAGCUGUGAAUUCAACGCCUGACAUUUUGCCGGGCGCCGCUAUUGCUGGUUUGAAGUUUACUGUGUUGUAUAUAUAGGCCUUUUUCCAAAAUUGUGUAUUAAGAAUAAUUCUGCCAAUAUUUAUUUUUUAAUAAUCAAUCGGGGUGUAGCAUGGGGCAUGAAAGGGUGAGGCACACCCCCACCCCUCACACCCCAGCUGCCUUGCCACAUUAAAGCAACUGGAGGGAGGAGGUCAUAAAGAGCCAUUAAAUAAUAAACCCCAGUGCAAAGAGAGGUUAAUGACAAUCUGGUAAAUCUCCAGAUUGUCAAAAGACCAUAUGACACUACCUCCACGGACGUUUUGGACAGUUUCACAAACAAAUCUCCAGACUCGCUGGCGCGGGAGGAACAGCCUGGUCUCAAAUCGAAACUUGCUGACACGGUCGUUGCACCACCCCAUUCAGAUCUCCACGGACGCAGAGCAGGGUCAAUCGGACAUUACAACUGGCGUUUUUUUUUUACAACGGUAAAGUUCAAAACUUAGCGACAAGAAUAAAUCGACAUUAUAGACUGCCAGUACAUUAUUACUUAUUUUAUUUUACUAUUCACCGCAUAUAUUGUUUUUUUUAUUGUAUCUUUCUAUUUACGUGACUUUACUGAACGAACCAAAGAACAUUAAUUCCGGCAGCCACGAAAGCAUAAGUCAAAACUUAGUUGUAUCUCCAACCUCAGGAUAUCAAAAUAUAACUCGAGAAUGAAAGCACUGAUCCCUGGAUACAGACGGGGAACAAAUGUAAAUAAAACCCUCGGAAUACCUGUGGUAAAAACUAUGGUAGAUCACAAAUCUUGGUUAAACAUAAACCAAAUAAUAAAUUAUGAAGUAUUAGACCGAGGGUCAUCCAGAA